CAGCCCAUCAGCUUCUUCUUUUGUCAAGAUUGAAAGAGACAGAUAGCUGACGGGAAAAUAAUCUGACUCUCACCAAAGUUUGAUAAUAGGCGGUCUGUGGGGCGCGCUAUGACAGAGCAAAAAGAAAAUCUUUUUCCCACUUUAGGCGAAGUCGCCAGUCAGACCGCAGCUCGGCCUGACCGUCCGGACAACAUCCCUAUUCAAGAGGGUGAGACCGCCCUUCCCGAUGUUGACGAUGACGGCGAUGAUGGAGCAAUGCAAGAGAUCGACAGUCUCUGUAUGCGAUGUCACGAGCAGGGUAAAACCAGAUUGUUGCUCACUAGUAUCCCCUACUUCAAAGAAAUAGUUUUAUCAUCCUUUCAGUGCGACUCUUGUGGGUGGCGUGAUACGGAAAUUCAAUCAGCAGGAGAAAUACAAGAAAAAGGAGUCAAUUUCACCGUUCAUCUAUUACGUCAAGAAGAUUUGAAUAGACAAUUGGUCAAAUCUGCCACCUCUACCGUUACCUUACCCGAUUUGCAACUUACCAUACCACCCGGUCGCGGUCAACUGACAACUGUGGAGGGUAUCAUAAGAGACACUGUACGAGAUCUCAACAUGUCACAACCUCUACGACGAGUGAUGGAUCCUGAGAAUGCCAAGAAGAUCGACGACACUAUUGAAGCUCUACGGGAUUUGAUCGGAAUGCCCGAAGACGAGGAUGAUGAUGAUGGAGGUGUGGGUCGACCAGAUGAUGAAGUACUCGCAGUUCGACCCGAAGUCCCUGUGGUGGAGGGACACGAAAAAGCGUUCAAACCAUUCACAGUCACUUUAGACGAUCCUUCCGGUAAUUCAUUCUUCCAAUUUAUAGGAGCAGCCAAUGAUCCUCAAUGGAAUAUGAGAGCGUAUAAUAGGACUUUUGAACAGAAUGUAGCACUUGGUUUGGUGGCUGCACCGGAAGACGUAGAAGAUACGGGUGAAGGCCAGGCUGGUGAAGUGGCGAUACCGGAAGAUCACAAGUUGAGGGAUAUGAAGGAAUUCGAGGAGUUGCGAGAUAAGAAAUUGGCCGAUAUGGGAGUAAAUGGGGCUGUCAUGCCGGAUGAAGUCUUCAGUUUCCCGAGUACUUGUUCGAGUUGCGGACACGCCCUUGACACUCGGAUGCAACAAGUCAACAUUCCAUAUUUCCAAAACAUAAUUAUUAUGGCUACCAAUUGUCCUGCAUGUGGGUAUCGAGAUAACGAAGUCAAAUCCGGUCAAGCCAUAUCUGAUAAAGGCAAACGUAUAACUCUCCAAGUGAGCGACGAAGAAGAUCUUAGUCGUGAUCUUCUCAAAUCCGACACUGCCGGUUUGGAAAUACCAGAGAUUGAAUUGGUCCUUCAACCAGGUACUCUCGGUGGAAGGUUCACAACACUCGAAGGUCUCUUGAACGAUAUUUAUAGCGAACUAUCUACCAAAGUGUUCAGAGCGGGUGAUUCGGCACAUGUGGGUGUUGGUCAACAAGAUAGAGACGAUAAAGAUGAAAAAACUUUCGAACAAUUCUUGAAGGGUUUGAAAGAUUGUAUGACAGUGGCUAGACCUUUCACUUUAAUCAUUGAUGAUCCUGUCAGUAAUAGUUAUUUACAAAAUAUCUAUGCUCCGGAUCCUGAUCCCAACAUGACCAUAGUGGAGUAUGAACGGACGAAAGAGCAGAAUGAUGAUCUAGGUUUGAGUGAUAUGGUUUUAGAAGGGUAUGAGAAGGAUGUGGAUAAGCCGAAGACAUUAUGA